UUUAGGGCACAAAACCCCUUUCCUUUUGUCAUCUUCGAUCUUCGUCUAGCUCCCUUCUUCACCCCGUCGGGUUUGGUGACCUGUUCGAAGCUUGCUCAGCUGUCGACAAUAGGAGAUUCGUUGUCGGGAACAGAGAAGACAACAUGAACAUAGAGGAGAGGACAGAAGCUUUCUUAGUUCGAAUGCAAAUAAUCUGUUUGGUUUCUCUGUGUUGAUUUGUCUUCUCGUAGGAUUUUCACAUGGAUUCGUUUUGGCUCAUUGUGUUUCCACCGAAAUGAAUUGUUUAAUUUAGGGAGAACGAAGAUCGAAGAGGAGAACAAAGGGGAAAGAGGAGAAUGUCGAAGAUGACAAAUGGUAAAGGGCAUAAGUAUAUUACGUGGCAUGACACGUCAUCGAGCGUUAACGGAGACAUAUCGACGUUUUCUGAUUUGUUCAGUGUUUCUCGGAUCAUAUAACCAACGUGGAAGAUGUCGAAAAGAUCGUCUUUUGGUUACAUGGUGAGGAAGAGGCUCUCUGAUAUCACUAACUCGCAGUCUCAGAGUCAGGUUCUGUUCCAGGACGAAAACAUUCUGGAGACCGGUCCGAGUGCGGAAGAAUAUGUAAACCGGCUUACGAAGGAGAUAGAUUUAGCUAGAAAUAAGGUGAAAGCAUUACAGCAUGAGAUUGUGUGCAAGAAUGCAUUGCUUAAGGCUAAAACUUCCGAAUUAGAGGCUAUGAAACAACGGGAAGACGCUGUAUCAAGAAACACGGUAGCGGCUGAGAAUGUGAAGAGGAACGUGAACGAGGAAGAGGGCAAACCUUCUGAAACAAACAGAAGGCGAAUAGUGAGAAGCAAAUCCAUGGGAGCAUCCACUGCACAGAGGAGUGAAGUAGACAAAGCAAAAGCUGAAAUCAAAGGGAGACGGCAGAGAAGGCGGUCCUCGAGGUUCGGGUCACGAGAUCACGGGGACGGCCAUAAUUUGUUUGAAAUAGAAAAUCUUCAGCUAACAAUGCCUAAUGGCACCCAUCAAGAUAAGGAACAAGAGCAAGAACAAGACAGAGUCUUGGAGAGAAGAGAUGCCAUUACAAGACAAGAGAACAGUAGAGGUCAAAGGUCGUCGAUGGGCUGGCCGUUGAGAAGAUCGGUUGAGAAGAUACAUUCUUACAAAGAAGUUCCUCUCAACGCUAAAAUGAGAAGGCCUCUGUGAAGAACGAAGAAGAAGAAGACUUGUUGUUUGUUUGUAUAAUGUCUUUAGCUUUGAGAUCUUAUGUAUUCCCCCAUCCACCCGGGUUCGAAUCUGGUUUGGUUAGGGUGAAUGGCCGUAUUUUUUCCAUUCUUCUAGAACAUAUAAUUAGAUCAAAGAUUCGGUGAACUUUCGCAUUAUCAAAAAAAAAUUGUAAUAUCACAUUUUCAUUUGUAUGCAUUUUCUUUUCUUUUU